AUGAAACGUAGCAGGGCUGAAAGCGCUUCGGCGCCGCAGCAACCCUCCCGACGGCAGCCACAGACCUCCUGUGAUUUAUGUCGCUCCAGAAAGAUCAAGUGCGACAGGGGAACCCCCUGCGGGAGCUGCCGCACCCGCGGUCUGGCCUGCAGCAUCAUGUCGCCUUCGUCCGCCCCUUCUCCGGCCGCCUCGUCGGCCGAAAGCGCGGGACACGACAGGCUGGGUACCGCUAUCUUGGCACGCCUCGCAGCGCUCGAGCAGGCCGUCUUCCGGAGCACUUCCGCGGUGAGGGUCAGCGGCAAUUCCGACGGGGCCCACGGUGACCUCACGCCCCAGGUGCCGCUGUCCGGGCUGGAGAGGGAAGGCCGCCAGACGGCCAACUUUCUCGACAAGGCGUAUGACAGGAGCUCCAGCGCCAGCACCAGGUCCGGCUACCAGCCCCUGGAUAUACGCGUGGCCGAGAGCUGCCAGCAUUCCUUCGCCACCGGGGCUCCUGAUCCGGUGUGGUUAAUGCCACAAAAAGACGCCAUAGCCAUGGUGCAUGACUUUGUCGAAAACACCUACCACCUAAUGCCCAUCGUGCAUAUCGCCUCGACCAUAUCCGUCAUCGAUAACGUUUAUCCCGCGCUGCACGCCAGGAAUAUCAACCAUGUCGACCCGGCCCAGGUCGCCCUUAUCCUCAGCAUCUGCGCCGCUUGCGCCUUUUUCUGGGACGGAGGGGUGCCCAGCCAACACCGGUUCGACACGGAGGGGGAAGCCACCAGCGCAUCGCUUAUUUGGAAGACGUCUGCUUUGUACGCGUUCGAAGAGGCCCAGAGGCAAGGCUCGCGAUCGCUGGAGGGCGCCCAGGCCUGCGCCAUCCUUGCCUAUCUGACAUACAACAUGGACGGUCCCUCAACUCGGUUUUACACUCUGCACACAUGCUCGGUCACGGCCUGCCGCGAACUGGGAAUCCACCUGGUCGACAGCCGCGGCUGCGAGUCGACGGACACCACCGCCAGGCGAGAGCUGAAGAGAAGGCUUUGGUGGCACGUCACAGCCACAGACUGGAUGCUGGGCCUUAAUGGCGGACCCUUUGAUGGCACCUACACCGUCCAUCCGCGGCAGAUCAGGGUCGCGUUACCUCGCAACCUCAAUGACAGCGAUCUUGCCAUCGACUCGGAGAUCCUGGCCCUGCCGCCCCACGUCCCAACGCAGGCAAGCUGCUUCCUGCAAGUCAUCCGCCUUGCCGAAAUCUGUCGCCUGGUUGUAGAUUCCCAGAGCCCCGAUGACAGUAUUGCCGACACGGCCUACAACGAACGUGUCCUCGCGUCCGACGAGCUCUUCAAAAAGGCCAUCGAGAGCAUGCCGCCUCCCCUCGUCCUGACCUCGCCGAUCCCGGAGGGCUCCCCGCGGUUCCUAUGCCUGCAGCGCGCUUCCCUUCACUUGGGCUUUCACUCGCGCAGGGCUCGCCUGCUGCGGCCGUUCCUCCUCUACAAAGACUCGGAUGGCCGCCAAGGCACCACAUACCGACUGUCUAGAGAGAUUUGCGUGCGCUCCGCCCAGAUGGUGCUGGAAAUCUCCACCUCACUGCUCGAGCAUUCGCUGCGGAUACGGCCUUCGGAGCCCUUCCGCCGGCAGAUCCUCCACCACCCUGGUCAUCACAGCUGCCCAGCUUCGCCAAUACAUCGCCUGGGCAUCGUGGUUAACCACCUGUUUUGCGCCUGCGCCAUCCUGGCAUUCGAGUGCAGCUUACGGAAGAGCUCGGGCGUGCACCCAAGGCAGCAUCCCGAAGCGGGAGGGGAGAACGAUCUGGACGGCAUGCUGGUCCACGCAUACCGCCUGCUGGCGGCCGCGGGGGAGGAGUGCACCGUCGCCGCCGACCUGGUGCGCGCGAUGAGGGGUGUUUUCGCAAAGUACCGCGUGAAUGGUGACUUGGCGACCGUGGACAGCCGAGGGGGCCAGAUUGUCGGCAGCAGCAGGCCAACAAUGGCCAAUGUCCAGACGUCUGCGGGGGGUGCAAACGAGCAACAACAAAUUGGACCCGCCGCAUGGCCCGGAAUGCGUGGUGCCAUUACGGAUGAAAACCAAUCAUCAAUAGGUGAAGGCAGUUCGGAGACGGGCAACCCGUGGGAUGGCUUCGAUAAGCACUUGGACGACUUGUUCGUCACCAACGAUACAUAUUGCAGCUGGGAUCAGAUAUUUGCCCGGCUAGGGUCAUACUGUGGCCCUUGA